AAACAUCAACACCACACAAGAUAGAAAGCUCGGAGGCUGUCUUUUUCAGAGUAGCUUUCCUGUUCUUUUCAGAGGUUGACGAAGCCAUUGAUUGAGAGAGAGAGAGAGAGAGAGAGAGAGAGAGCUGCUGUUUGGUUUCUUUGACAGCAACUUGCAACGUUCUGAAGCUUCUUCUUCGGCACAGUACACUAAUAAACCCAGAUGCUGGGUAAUGUUGGGAUGAGAAGAGUAAAGCUGAAGUUGGUAAUUCUGUUGGUUCUUCUUGCAAUCCUUAAAGAGGUGAGGUCUCAUGGAGAGCAGCCUCUUUCGAGAAUCGCCAUUGAUAAGGCGGCCUUUGCUCUUCAUGACCUUGCUUAUGUUAAAGCCUCUCCUACUAUUCUUGGAGCAAGAGGGGAAACAGCAGAAUGGGUGACACUGGAAUUUGGUACCUCUAACCCAUCUAUUGAUGAUUGGAUUGGAGUAUUUUCUCCUGCUAAUUUCAGCGCCACCACCUGCUAUGGGGAAAAUCCAAGAGUUAACCCACUGUUUUUGUGUUCAGCGCCUAUCAAGUAUCAGUAUGCAAAUUACUCCAGUCCUGAGUACAAGGUCACAGGAAAAGGGUUGUUGCAGCUUCAGCUGAUUAAUCAAAGAUCAGACUUCUCCUUUGCUCUAUUUUCUGGUGGUUUGUCAAAUCCAAAGCUGAUGGCACUGUCAAAUCAUGUAGCUUUCUCUAAUCCAAAUGCACCAGUUUAUCCGCGAAUAGCUCAAGGAAAACUAUGGAAUGAAAUGACUGUUACAUGGACAAGUGGAUAUGGAAUCGAUGAAGCAGAACCUUUUGUUGAGUGGGGUCCAAAAGGGGGAGACUCUAUACGUUCCCCAGCUGGGACUCUGACUUUUGACCGUACUAGCAUGUGUGGAGCACCAGCAAGAACAGUGGGAUGGCGUGAUCCUGGAUUCAUACACACUAGUUUUCUGAAAGAGCUGUGGCCAAAUAGAGUGUAUACAUACAAGCUGGGGCAUAGGUUGUACACUGGUAGAUAUGUUUGGAGUCAGAAGUAUCAUUUUAGAGCAUCUCCUUAUCCUGGUCAAAAUUCACCUCAACGUGUAGUCAUUUUUGGUGACAUGGGAAAGGAUGAAGCUGAUGGGUCCAAUGAAUACAACAAUUUCCAGCAAGGCUCUCUUAAUACUACGAAGCAGCUUAUUCAAGAUUUGAAUAAUAUUGAUAUUGUCUUCCAUAUUGGAGAUAUAUGUUAUGCAAAUGGUUAUCUUUCACAGUGGGACCAAUUUACUGCACAGGUUGAGCCCAUUGCAUCAACUGUACCUUACAUGAUUGCAAGCGGUAACCAUGAACGUGACUGGCCAGGAACAGGUUCUUUCUAUGGGAACAUGGAUUCAGGGGGAGAAUGUGGUGUUUUGGCUGAAACCAUGUUUUAUGUCCCUACUCAAAAUAGAGCUAAGUUUUGGUACUCCACUGACUACGGCAUGUUUCACUUCUGCAUAGCUGACACAGAGCAUGACUGGAGAGAGGGAACAGAACAAUACAAGUUCAUUGAGAAAUGCUUAGAGUCUGUUGAUAGACAGAAGCAACCAUGGCUAAUCUUUCUUGCACAUCGAGUGCUGGGAUAUUCUUCUUGCAUCUGUUAUGCAGAAGAAGGAUCAUUUGAGGAACCAAUGGGGAGGGAGAGCCUUCAGAAACUCUGGCAGAAGUACAAGGUUGAUAUUGCAAUCUAUGGCCACGUGCACAACUAUGAAAGAACAUGUCCUAUAUACCAGAACAAAUGCACCAGAGACGAGAAGCACCAUUAUAACGGCACCUUGAAUGGAACAAUCCAUGUGGUUGCCGGCGGAGGAGGAGCAAGUCUAUCAACAUUUACCACCUUCCAAACAAAAUGGAGUCUUUUCAAAGAUCAUGAUUAUGGGUUCGUCAAGCUUACAGCAUUUGACCAUUCGAACCUGUUGUUUGAGUACAAGAAGAGCAGCGACGGGAAGGUUUAUGAUUCCUUCAGAUUAUCCAGAGAUUACAGGGACAUCUUGGCCUGCACUGUUGAUAGCUGCCCGAGCAUGACACUAGCAUCAUGAUUUGAAUCAAAGAUGGAAAGUCUUUGCUAAUAAAAUAGUUUCUUAAUUAUGUUCAAAUAUGUAGCUUCAAAGUUCAAAAACAGCAUUGUAUAUAUUUUCUCAGGAUAAUUUUUCUCAUUGAAAUCUUCUUUUGUUCGUAUUAUUGUAAAUAGUCAAAAGGAACUGCUACCGAUUAUGUAUAGAAGAUUAAUAUUGUUUUCUAUAAGGAAAGUGGUUUAUUGUGAGUUGUUUCGGUUUUA